UUGCACGCGCGCGCGCUUCGCAUCGCUACGUUAAACUGGCGCCUUCUGGCUGAACGCCGCAUUUAUGGUGGUUGUUUGAGUUUUUUUCGUUGUCGUGUGCGUUAAACGGAACGAUGGCGAACAUCAAUCUGGACAAGGACGCGUUCCAUCGCCGCCUCAAGAAACUGUACACGGCGUGGCAGAAGAGCGAAGGCGAGAAUGGUUUCUCGAAGAUGGACGCAUUGGUUACGGCCGUUGGUAAAGACGAGGAGAUCGUGUACAGCAAAUCGGGCGCACUCCAAACGUGGCUGCUCGGCUACGAGCUGACCGACACCAUCAUGGUGCUCACCGAGAACAAGGCGUACUUCUUGGCCAGCAAGAAGAAGAUCGAUUUUCUGCGGCAGGCCGAAAGCAAGGAUGAAAACAACAUACAGUUCUCGCUGUUGAUACGCGACAAAGACAGUGACGAGGCUAAUUUUAAGAUACUGGUGAACGCCAUCAAGGACAGCAAAAAGGGCAAAACCAUAGGGGUGUUUCCCAAGGACAACUAUCCUGGGGCGCUGAUGGAGUCGUGGCGGGCCAUGCUCAAGAAGGAGGACUUCCAGAGCGUGGACAUAAGCGCGGCCGCCGCCCUCUUAAUGUCUCCCAAGGAGGAGAACGAAAUUAUCACCAUUAAAAAGGCAUGUCUGGUGUCUGUCGAUGUUUUCACCAAGUAUCUCAAGGACCAAAUCAUGGAAAUCAUCGACUCGGACAAAAAGGUGAAACACAACAAGUUGGCUGAGGGUGUGGAAUCAGCCAUACAGGACAAGAAGUAUGUGUCAGGUGUAGAUGUUAAUCAGGUAGAUAUGUGUUAUCCAGCUAUUAUACAGUCCGGGGGUAACUACAAUUUAAAAUUUAGUGCAGUUAGUGACAAAAACACGUUGCACUUCGGCGCCAUCAUUUGUUCUUUGGGCGCCAGAUACAAAUCUUACUGUUCCAACAUUGUUCGAACACUCUUGGUGAAUCCCACAGACGAGAUGCAAGCAAACUACAAUUUCUUGGUCCAAUUAGAGGAGGAGGUGCUGAAGAAACUGCAACAGGGAAACAAAAUCUCAGAUGUCUACGACGCCGGCUACAACUAUGUCAAGAAGGAAAAGCCUGCACUGUUGGACCACUUAACCAAAAACUUCGGCUUCGCCAUGGGCAUAGAAUUCAAGGAGAGCUCCUUGAUGAUAACGUCUAAAACCACGGUCGUAUUAAAGAAAGGCAUGAUCUUCAACGUGAAUAUUGGCUUCAGUAAUCUUAAGAACAAAGAGGCGUCCGAAAAGGAGGCCGAAACUUACGCCCUAUUUAUUGGCGACACAGUCAUGGUAAACGACGGCCAACCCGCCACCGUGUUGACAGUCUCCAAAAAGAAGAUGAAGAACAUUGGUAUCUUCCUCAAGGACGACACCGAUGAUGAAGACGCCGACGACGAAAAGGAGAACGCCCCCAAACAAUCGGAAAUUUUAGGCCGAGGCAAGCGGACGGCCGUCCUCGAGUCGAAGCUCAGAACUGAGCACACGUCCGAGGAAAAGCGAAAGGAACAUCAGAAAGAACUGGCCGCAGCACUUAACGAGAAGGCCAAGGAACGGUUGGCGAAACAGUCAGGGGCGAAAGACGUGGAGAAGGUGCGCAAGAACACCGUCUCGUACAAAAACGUCAACCACAUGCCGAGAGUGCCCGAAGUGAAGGAGCUGAAGCUGUACGUGGACCAGAAAUAUGAAACAGUAAUUUUGCCCAUUUACGGCAUCGCUGUACCCUUCCACAUCAGCACCAUCAAGAACAUUUCACAGAGUGUGGAAGGAGACUACACUUAUUUGAGGAUCAACUUUUUCCAUCCCGGUUCAACCAUGGGUAAAAACGACGGUGUGUACCAGCAACCAGAGGCCACCUUUGUGAAAGAGGUGACCUACAGAAGCACCAACACCAAAGAGCCAGGUGAAAUUUCACCGCCCUCCUCGAACUUGAAUACGGCCUUCAGGCUGAUCAAAGAGGUGCAGCGCAAGUUCAAGACUCGCGAGGCCGAGGAGAAGGAAAAGGAGGAUCUGGUGAAGCAGGACACGCUCAUCCUGUCCCAGAACAAGGGUAAUCCUAAGCUGAAAGAUCUCUAUAUCCGUCCGAACAUAGUGACGAAGAGAAUGACCGGCUCACUGGAGGCCCACAACAACGGCUUCCGGUACACGUCGGUGCGAGGCGACAAGGUGGACAUACUGUACAACAACAUCAAGAACGCCUUCUUCCAACCGUGCGACGGCGAGAUGAUCAUCCUCCUUCAUUUCCACCUCAAACACGCCAUUAUGUUCGGCAAGAAGAAGCACGUGGACGUGCAGUUCUAUACCGAAGUGGGAGAGAUCACUACUGAUUUGGGGAAGCACCAGCACAUGCACGACAGGGAUGACCUGGCAGCGGAACAGUCUGAACGUGAAUUGCGUCACAAACUCAAGACGGCGUUCAAGAGUUUCUGCGAGAAGGUGGAGUCGAUGACCAAGCAGGAGAUCGAGUUCGACACGCCGUUCAGGGAGCUGGGAUUCCCCGGCGCACCCUUCAGGUCGACCGUGCUCCUACAGCCCACGUCUGGCUGUUUGGUUAACCUUACCGAGUGGCCGCCCAUGGUUAUCACCUUGGAGGACGUGGAGCUGGUGCACUUUGAGAGAGUGCAGUUCCACCUCAAGAAUUUCGACAUGGUGUUCGUGUUCAAGGAUUAUCACAGGAAGACCGCCAUGGUCAACGCCAUUCCCAUGAACAUGCUGGACCACGUCAAGGAGUGGCUCAACUCCUGUGACAUUCGGUAUUCCGAAGGUGUACAGUCGUUGAACUGGGUGAAGAUCAUGAAGACCAUCACGGACGACCCGGAUGGCUUCUUCGACAGUGGAGGGUGGACUUUCCUGGACCCGGAGUCCGACGAGGAGCAGGCUCAGGAGGAGGAAACGGAGGACGAGGACGAAAACUACGAUCCCACCGACCUCGAGUCGUUCUCGGAGGAGAGCGAGGAGGACUCCGAGUAUUCCGAGGGCGAUACGGAGGACGACGACGACGACGCCAGCGAAGACUUGGGCUCGGACGAGGAGUCGGGCAAAGACUGGUCGGACUUGGAGCGUGAGGCCGAAGAAGAAGACAAAAACAAAGACAGGGAUAAAUUCGAUGAUAGCAGCUUCGACAGAAAGCGCAGCAGAAAAACAGCCAAAUCCAGCUCGUCCAAAGACAAGCAUAAGAGCAGCCAUUCCUCCAGCAAGCACCACUCGUCGAGCAGUUCCAAACACAACAGCAGCAAGGACAAGAGCAGAGACAGGCACAACUCGUCGGGACACAAGUCGAGCCAUUCGAAAUCUAGUUCGCACAAGUCGCCCCAUAAGUCGUCGCCCCACAAGUCCAGUCCCAGCAAGUCGUCCUCCUCGCAUCACAGAAGUUCGCACUCGUCGAACGACAAGAAGCGCAGCCGGGACGACAGCGGCGACAGGAAAUCAAAGAAGUCCAGGAAAUGAAUCUUUUUUAGUUCUUGUUUAUUUAGUUAUUUAAGGAUUUGUUUUAACUUUAUUUAAAUAAUUAAUUUAGUCUGUAGUGUUUUUUGAUAAUUGCUGUACAGUGAGUUAACAAUUUGAUAUCCAUAUUUUUUAUUAAAUAAAGUAUUAUACAACUGAAAUUGUUGCUCGUUCAGGCAAAAGAAUUGCUGUUUAUUGGUAUAAUACUAUGAAUAAAUGUUGCGUUGUUUCUGUAA